AUGAAGUUCUUGUUGACAGCUUUGGCCGGAGUCUCGGUUGCCUCCGCUAAAACCCAGCUUCCAGAAACAUGGUAUUCCACCAUCUACCUCAAUGAGUCCUUAACCACGAGCCAAGAGAUCGCCUAUGGCAGUGAGGCCGUUACUCCGGUGCCAACUUCGACCGCGCCGCUAGUUUUGUCAACUUCAUACCUCAGCGCUCCCGUAGCCAGCCGAAAUAUCAACCACACCACGUAUUCCACUGUUAGCGAGACACUGCCGCUCACUACUGUGACACCCUCCGUCUACAUUACACGCCCCUCCCUCCCAACCGUCACCCUCAAUGGCACCACCACCAUAACCACCUACCUCUCCACAACCAUCGCCACCGUCACCCUCUCCUCCCUCGUCCUCCCCAACGGCUCCCCGCCCGCGAGCACCGCGACAGUCUACACCGGCACCUACCAUCCCGCUCCAGGACAAGUGAUCCCCUCGGGCAGCACUCAAACCGCCUGGCCUACCGCCGUGACUGUGCACGAUUCCAUCACCGCAACCUACCUCAUCUACACGUACACGGGCAGCACGUCCACUACCACCUCGGUCUGGACCGAAACCGUCUACCGCACAACGGCCACGGCGUCCACGACAACAACCAUCGAAAUACUCCCCUGCAUCGGGCGGCCCCCGGCUAGAACCUGCACGCAGACAACCUACACCAGCACCGCGACGCACACCAUGGCCGACGCAGGGCUGGCGUACGUGAACGCUACGCGCACCGUCCCUGGCAGUUACGAUGCUACCCCAACGGUGACGUACGCGGCCAGAUGCGCGCCGACAAACCUGCUCAGCGUGCGCGACGGGCACGGCCUCGCCGUCGAGCUCUCGCCCGACGACUUCACGUUUCCCAUCGGGUUCCCCGGCAUCGUCAUCGGCAUUCCGCCGUCGUUGGUGGUCGACCCGAGUGCCUGCUGUCAGCUGUGUCUUGACAACGAGGGCUGCGCCGCGAGCGAGUGGACGUUGGGGUGGGAUACGGCUUGUCGGUUGUUUUACCAUGUGCCGGAGAUUGGUGAUUAUGGGGCGGAGGGCGGUAGUGGAGGAGGAGGACAACAGAGUAAGAAGGAUCAGUUGUGUGGGAAAGCAGGAAAAGGUGGUGGCGGUAACGGGGUGGUCCCGGUCAAGUACUAUGCUGAUGUGUAUGCGCUGCCAGGCCAGGGGAGUUUUAUUCAAGUUGGGUGCGGGAAUUUGGAGUAUCUCGGCUUGAUGGAUCCGUUUUGUCCGUCGUGCGAGGUGGGUGAGUGA